GCGCACUGGUGCUCCGGCAAACAGACCACGCGGUACGUGAGUUCCACCACACGGGCGGAACACACGGGCAGCAGCAGCAGCAGCGGGCGCGGGCGAGAGAGCGGUGGACGCGGGGGCGGGGAGGACGGCCGGGGAUCUAGAUCUCUCACCUCACCUCACCUCCACUCCACCAGCGCACGCACCCUCCUCUCCCCGAGUCCAAACCUAGCCUCCCCCGAGUCCACGCCGCCGUCGACCACACCCCGCUCCUCCCGGCGCGCGCCGCGGCCACGCUCCCUCCAGCUGCCGGAUCCUCCGCCCGGCCGUACGGGUCGGCCCGCUCCCGCCGCCAGCCGGCCGAAGUGCCCGCCCGCCAGUCCGCCGCCGCGUUGGCGCCGGUUCUCCGCCCUCGGCGUAGUCGGGGUGGAGUCGAGAUCCAUCGGGGCGCGGAGGGUGAUCUCGUCUCGUGCUGGGCUGUUGUAAUUUUGUCAAGCCCUAGAAGGGCAGCUUGUCUUUAUUGAGUUGUUUCACAAUGGCCUAUGAUGGAGAUGGAGAACAAAGCCAGGAUUAUCUAUUCAAAAUCGUUCUGAUCGGUGACUCCUCUGUUGGUAAAUCAAACUUGCUAGCAAGAUUUGCAAGGAAUGAGUUCUACCCAAACUCCAAGUCCACUAUAGGAGUGGAGUUCCAGACACAAAAGUUGGUAAUUGAUGGAAAGGAAAUUAAAGCUCAGAUAUGGGAUACUGCUGGACAAGAGCGCUUCAGAGCAGUUACAUCUGCUUACUACCGAGGCGCUGUCGGAGCUCUCCUUGUUUAUGAUAUUAGCAGACGCCAGACUUUUGAUAGUGUUGGUCGAUGGCUUAAUGAACUGCACACUCAUUCCGAUAUGAAUGUCGUCACAAUCCUGGUGGGUAACAAAACCGACCUCAAGCAUGCUCGCGAGGUGAGCACUGCGGAAGGCCAAGCGCUGGCUGAGGCUCAGGGCCUCUUCUUCAUGGAAACCUCGGCCCUGGACUCAUCAAACGUUGCAGCAGCUUUUCAAACUGUUGUUAAGGAGAUCUACAGCAUACUAAGCCGGAAGGUAUUUCAAUCUCAAGAGCAGAAGAGAAGCGAGCUGCAGUCAUUGAGCAACGGGAAGGCUGUGGUGCUGCAGGGUGAGACCAAUGAAACAAGCAGUGGUGGGAGGUGGUGCUGUUCCUCAUAACCUGGCAGCCUGCGUUGAACGCGUAGGAUUGGGAGACACAUCUGGGUAUGUAAGGUUAAGUCUGUGAAAAGUUGUUUUUCCAUGUUCUUGUUCUAAAGGGUGAGGUGGGGCGAGGCUGCUUGUAUGAAAGCUGUGUUUUCCGUCAUGAGGAAAUCAAUGUAUAGUUCGAUUGAUCCUUGGGAAGGUAUUGAUAUACAUGAUUGUGUAAAGAGAAAGUGCGACCGACUGUUGUGUCAUUCUGCAUCAUUCUAGUCUAGAAAGAAACCGUUCUUUCAUUCA